GGUGAUAAGAACAGUUUUCGAGAAAAGAAGCCAUUUUGGAUACUUUUGGAAUAUUUAAACAUUACUUCGCGAGAUCAAUUUGGUACCUGACGGGCAUUGAAUUGGUACCAAAUUAUAAUCGUAGCAUGCUUCUAUCAUUUUUCUACGAAUACUUAUAGCUAUGGCUGAUAGGCGGAAGCUACAAGGUGAAAUUGACAGAUGCCUCAAAAAAGUAACGGAGGGGGUAGAGUCAUUUGAAGACAUCUGGCAAAAGGUGCACAAUGCAGCAAACACAAAUCAAAAGGAGAAGUAUGAAGCAGAUCUCAAGAGAGAAAUUAAAAAACUGCAGCGUCUACGUGACCAGAUCAAAACAUGGUGUGCAAGCAGUGACAUCAAAGACAAGAGGUGUCUGGUGGAAAAUAGGAAACUCAUUGAGACGCAAAUGGAAAGAUUUAAAGUAGUUGAAAGGGAAACCAAGACAAAGGCUUAUUCAAAAGAGGGAUUAGGAGCUGCUGCAAAGCUCAACCCAGCAGCUAAGGAAAAGUCGGAAAUGACAAACUGGCUUUCGCAAACCAUUGACAACUUGAAUAUUCAGCUAGAUCAGUUUGAAAGUAAUGUUGAAAAGCUAACAUCAAAGAAAAAGAAGAUGGACAAAGAUAAACAAGACCGAUUUGAGGAGCUAAAGGGAUACAUGGACAAACACAAAUUCCAUAUAAAGCAAUUGGAAACCAUUCUUCGAAUGGUUGAUAAUGAUGCAAUCCCACUGGAUCAGAUAAAGAAAAUCAAAGAUGAUGUUGAGUAUUAUGUUGAGUUUAACCAGGAACCCGAUUUCGAAGAAAAUGAAUUUCUUUAUGAUGAUUUGGAUCUUGAGGAUUUAGGUGCACAAAUGCUUGCAUCUUCACCACCGAAUGAUGAUAUCAUCAACUUGGAAGCAUUAUCAAGCACUCCAACUUCAACAAAUUCAAGUUCACCCUCCCCCAGUCCUAGUCUGAAUCAUUCCAAAGAAAGGUCAGAUGAUGAGAGGAAAAGACACAAAUCACAAAAUGAUGAUAGUAUUCGAGCUCUCAGUGCGGAACUAGAACCUAAGUCAGUACCCGUGAUUUCUCCUCCAUCAUUAAAUAAUUCAUUGUCAAAUGUUCCUGUCAAUAACAAAGUUCCAUCAACUCCUACAAAGUUAUUCCAGGGGAAUGCUACGACCAUAGAAAAUUCAAAUAGCAAUCAUCGUCCAAAUUCCACACCACCACCUCUAACAGGGUUCUCUUCGGUAGCCGCCAGUUCACAACAAAAUAACGGUACAGGUAUAGCCAUUCCACGGUUACCUGUCAGUUCCACUGUAUGGCAGGGGGAUAUUUCCCCCAUGAAGUUGUCUUACUUAUCUGACCGUUAUAUUAAAAGGGAUACAAAAAAUCAAGUGAACGCUAUGGACCAUUCAGCUUUAAAUAGUAACUCAACAGUAAACAGCAGUACAUCUUCAGUGACACACUCUAAUUCAAACUCUGUCUCAGUGACUCCUGUAGGAAAUCCCUCGUUAGUGCCAGCCCCAUCACCAUUAUUUACCAAUAAUGGCACAACAGUGCCCUUUUCAAUUUCAAUGCCAAUGGUUGUAUCAAAUAGUGUACCAACAAGCAAUUCUCACUCGAGUCAGACAACAAACGGACCCAUCUCACAUCCGCCUUCCAUGGAGGUGGUUAUGAAUGGACCAAUGAGUGCAUCAGGAUUAAAAGGGAUCAGUGGCAUGGAUGACAGUAAUUCAGAAUCCAUGUCCUCAUUAAAGUCUAUAGCACAACAAGCAGUGGUAAAUGCGGGUCUAGAGAAUCAGAUACCAACACCUCCUCCUCUGCCAUCAGAAUCGAGAUUGCAAUUUAAUAGUUCCACAUCAUUAACAACAUCAUUACCAACCUCUUCACAAGUGGUGUCACAAAGUACGUCGUUAUCGCCCAGUGAUCAGACGUCACAACAACCGCAAACCACCACAAUACACCUCAACCCACUACUGGGGGUGGCACCCCUGGGUCCAGUACCUCUGAGUAGAGAAAACUUUUACCAACUACAGAUGCUAGAAGCUGCAUAUCAUCACUUACCACACCCCUCUGAUUCUGAGAGACAAAGGUCAUUUCUUCCCCGAAACCCUUGUCCAUCGCCCUCCUUUUACCCACAACUGCCCCCACCCCAUGCAGACUCGGUUGAGUUUUUUCAACGACUAUCCACAGAAACACUCUUCUUUAUAUUUUAUUAUAUGGAGGGGACAAAAGCUCAAUAUCUGGCAGCAAAGGCUUUAAAAAAACAGUCAUGGCGAUUUCACACAAGGUACAUGAUGUGGUUCCAGCGGCAUGAAGAGCCAAAGACAAUAACAGAGGAUUAUGAACAGGGCACAUACAUCUAUUUUGACUACGAGAAGUGGUGCCAAAGGAAAAAAGAAGGUUUUACGUUUGAAUACCGGUAUCUUGAAGACAGAGACUUGAAUUAAAGCUGAACAAUAAGGAGACAGAUGUCCUUAUGGUCCAUAGUACGAGACGACGAUGGAUUUCCUUGGAUCUGCUGUUACUGCCAUUCUGCCUGUGUAAAUGUUAAAGUAGAAAUGGAGGAAUGCUUGAUCAUUGUAAUCAUCCUUAAAUGUCUGAUUGUGAUGAUGACUCGGACAAACCAGUGGACAGGGUGCUCACCAUUGUUUAAGAGCUUUUGAACAUUGCGAAAUUUAAUAUGCAGGGACUAUAUUUAAAGCCAAUGUUUUGUUUCGCAGCACAUUGUGAUAAAUUAUAUGCCAAGGCAGGGUCCUAGGUUGUGUUUGAUCUCGCAAUAUAUGUUAUGUAUGAGAGGGCACUUGUUUUGUCUUAAGUCAUUACAGUUAACAAGUGGAUGGUGAUUAAAAGUCAUUUACUCAUUUUGUGUCAGUCAAGGCAUCUACAUGUAUUAUGGUCAUGAGACCUGGGUACUCAAGCCAGCUGUCCUCAGCUUUGCAGUGUGCUCGAUAUUCCGUCUGGAAGUUUGACUCUUUGAAUCUCACUUUCUCAGUUUGAUUUUAUUUCUUCAGUUUGCCCUUCAUCAUCCAGAGGAAAAAAAAAACACUUGAGAAAGAAUUGUUCAGUUGUUUACAGAUUUUCACAAAUACUGUAAGCAAUCAAUUUAGUACUGAAAACUUUUAAACUUGGAAAGCAUUUUGUUUUCAUUGUGUAUAGUUACUUAUAAUUGAAAAGUGCAAAUUUGUAUUUGGAAAAAGUGCAAUCAUUAGUUUUAUUUACAAUAAUUCCUGUACAAAGUUUAGUUAUUUUAAAGAGUUUUAUUCUUUUUCGUUUCAAAAUGAAUUCUGUUUCUGAAGUUCACUUUAUUUGUUAUGAAAUGGAUUUCAAUAUUUUAGACAUCUGUUAGUAUAUAAAAACAAAAUUACUCCAUAAGAAAUGUAAAGGCUUUAUCUGUAAUUUAACUGUCUUAGGAUUCUUUUUGCAUUAUUUGGAGGGGGAUUAAAUUGAAAGGCACAGAUAUAGAUUUUGGACAGUAUAAUAUUGUCGAGAUUUUUUGGGAUCCAUCUUUUUUUCAGGUUAAAUCAUGAUUUGGGAAUAAGAGGACUGUAAUUCCAGUGUUUAUGUUAUAUAACCGUUGUCUGUAGAAUCUGACCAAUCAGGGACUCUGAUUUCAUGUCAUUUAUCAUGUGAUUGAGAAAUAUAAAUAGUCAUGAGCUGUGUGAGCCAGCUGUUAUUGGAGAUAUUGAUUUUAUUUGUGUGCACAUGAACACUCAGUUUACAUGUCAAUAUUUUUGUACAGUAAACUUGUCUAGAAUGCAAGACUGACGUCUCUCCACUCAGAAGUAUUCAGUUGUAUUGAAAUAUAUUCCUGAGUGGAGAGGUUUCUUACUUGGUCUUGUAUUCUAUGUUGGUAAAAAUGAAGAUGGAAAAAUUUUUCAAAAAAAUUAUUAAAACAUAUGACAAAUGAAAGUUUGUCAAUAAUUUAA